GAAAAAUACUUCGGGAAUUAGGGCAGGCGAGUUUGUUUCAGGAAGGAAAAUUUGUUUACGAAAAAUUGCUGGUAGAGAAUUUCACGUUUGUUGAUGUUGAUUAAAUUAUUAAUAGAUAAUGAUGAAUGUUCUGAGUUAUCUAUAGGUAGGGAUUUUCGAUGGGAGGAGCAGUUUAGAAUUAACAAAACGAUUUCAAUCAAUCAAGAUCUAGCUGUGAUCAUCUAGAAUAUAUAUAUGAAGUCAUGUAAAGAAUACUAAUUUAGCAACACGGGAAAUAUAUUAUUAAAAUUAGUCGCGCGUGUAGGAAGUGAUGCUGAUCUCGCACCUCUCGAUCUCGUCUUUGCUAUAGAGCAGGGUGAAUUCAGUGUUUUAUGGUGUAGAGUUCUAAGUAGGCGGGCAUAUUGCCGGUAAGAUACAUGUUCGAACCCAUGUUCUGCAAUAUAAACAGUCCGGUUUUCGGUGACGUCGGUAAGGUUGUUUAACGGAGUUGAUGACCUUCCGUUUUUUCCAGGUAAAAUGUUGAGGUGAACUAUGUCAUUUCCCGAAAAGUUGAAUGAAACCUUUCUCAAUUAUAAAAUUUUCGGUUCUUUGUCCUUGGGUUAUACGCGGUUUGGGGAAAAGUGCAAACUACACCCAACCGACAAUUAAGGACUCGUUUCCUCUACAAUGUGGGUCCAGUUUAUCCACAUUCCUUUACCGUAAUGUGGGUCACGUCGUCAUUUUGUCAUGGAGAUCACGUGCUGAGAUGGCCAACUCGAGGACGACCGGUCCGACGUAUUCUCGACGGAUGAUCUAGCCGGUGUUUGACCCUGUUCUCGACGCUAACGCAACGCGCGGAACCGUUAUGCUCUCGAGACGUUCGUGUUAUCUCUUCUCUGGGCGUAACUCGGUCGAUAUCCGGAAGUCGAACGUCUCCCAAGAAGGAAAAUCGGGACAGAUUCCGGAGACGGUUGUAAAAAAAAUUGCGAAAUUUCGUCCUUAUUUGUUAUAUAGAGCAUAGAGGAUCAGAGUAGUUUUUCUCGAUGGCAGCGGAGUUCUUCCGACCACGAGUAGAAAAAGUCAACACAUUAUUCGAAAUUUCACUCGAUCGUUUCGUGUCGUCCUCGUUUUGAAGAAGAAAGUGGCAUCUUGACGCGACGCGACCAUCCGGACGACCAUUAGAGAAACUAGUUGCACGUUAAACCGGUUGGUUCUGGAUCGAAACCUAAAUGUACGAAGCUGGAGAUUGGUAGGAAGGAGUUUCACCGACACAUCAUUCCUGCCAAUCUGUAGCCAGUCGUACUGCGGCCGAGGUUAGUGGGUCAUGUGGUCGUUGCGCGUAUAAAAUGUAGGAGCGAUGGUAUGACAAAAGCAUUUUGCUGGAACCACAAGAACAAGACUUUCCCUCCGGGCCGCGUCAUGAAAUUACAGCUAAUUUUACUUUUGGUAUUGUGCGCGGCCUGGGCCGCUUCCGAAUCGAGUACUCGUAAGAAGGCUUCUCGACGCCGACCUCCGGCCGAAGUUCCCGAAAGCCCGGAAGAAGUGGAGCCCGAAAAACCAGAUAAAAAACCGGAGUUGUUGGAGGAACCUCGGUUAGAAGAACCCGUUAAAAACGAGAAACCCAAGACCGAAUUGCCGGAGAUUUCGCCGCCCGCCGAAGAUAACGAAAAGAAAAAUGCCUCGUCGCCUUUAUCGCAGUUAUUCGCGCCACGGGGCACCCGGCGUCCAAGGCCCGUUCCUCGCGCACCCGGACGUCCUCGUCCGACCUUGCCUUCGUUUAUCAGAAAUCCUAACAGGGUGCGCCCAACGCCCGCUGCCGUAGUCGCCAGUCGUAGAAAUACUCAGAAGAAAGAUUCGACGCCAUCGACCACCUCCGGAACCAGUAAGGCACCCACUAGCAACGGGAAUUCGGACAGACGCCGCACUACCAGUGCCCCGGCCUCCACCGCAGGUUCGGAGGGGGGAAAACGGUUCGGACGCAAUGGUUCGAACGGUCGUAGCGGACGACAGAAAGGGGCCCGGCCCUCCGCCAGACCUUCGUCUUCCUAGAGCCGCGACUCUCUUCAGUCGAAUUCUAGUCCCGGUGCACCCUUUCGCUUACUUCGAUUUCCAUGCAUAUGUUAACAACUGUUAGAAUCUCCAUAUGGGUGCGCCAAGAACUACACGUCGCUACGGCCGGCAUCUUCUCAUAUCGAACUCUUCAUUAUCCCAGUUUUGUCGGCACAAAUUGUAACUCGAGCCAACAUCUGUACCGAAUCGAUACAUUAACUCAUAAGUAAUCUCGAUUGAUGUAAAUAAAGUUGUUUUACACUCACUGUGUAAUGCUUUUCCAUCUAAAGGUUUCGGCCAAACGGGAAAGUGUCACGAAUAAAAAAAGACGGCGACCUUAUUCACGAUGGCGCCUACUGCACUUUUUUCCCCGUUCGAGGCUGAGAAUUUCGCGAUUGUUAUCGGAAGGGAAAAAUAUCGCGCUGAACUGACGAAUAAUAAGUGCGACGACUUUCGUAACACCCAGUUUGUCCAUAACUUUAUUAACCUGAAAUCGUUAUCGAUAAUGAUUUUACGUUGUAAAUUUUGUUAGGAUGCUUAUAAAUCUACAAUCGAUUCUCUGGUUUAUAUCGUAAUGUGUGGAUUACUGUACCGAACGAGAGAUUAAAUUAAA